UCCGCCACACCCAUCAUGGCGGCCCCGCCGCGCUCCCGCCACACCCAUCAUGGCGGCCCCGCUGCCCGCCACGCCCAUCAUGGCGGCCCCGCACCCGUUACCUCCAAGAUGGCCGCGGGAUCCAUCCAACCCGCUCAACGUGGCCGCCCGGGAGCGCUGCGCGCCGCGCCCAACAUGGCGGCUGCCGGCCGGGGAGGGCGCGCGCGUGGGCGACGUCACUUGGGCCCCGGCGGAAGUGGUGGCUGGGCUGCCAUGGAGACGGGCGAGGAGCGGCCGGGGGUGGCGGCGACGCUGCGGGCGCUGAACGGGGCGCUGGGGCGGCCCGCGGGGCUCUGGCGGAAGGAAAGCGGCGCCCGAAACCUGCGGCACCGGGACUUCCUGGCGCCGCAGGCCGCUCUGAGCGCCGCGUUUCCCGGCGGGCAGGUGCCCGCUGACGUCAUGGCGAGCGUGACGUCACUGGGGGGCCCGGGGGUGCUGGCGGUGCGGGGCUGUCGGCAGACGCCGGCGGGGCUGGCGGUGCAGCUGCGGCGCCCCGAGGCCUUUCGGCGCCUGCUGGGGCCCCCGCCCGGCCCGGCGCCCGCGGCCGAGCCCCCGGGCCGCUGGGUGGUUCUGCACUGCCCGGCGCUGCGCGGCGCCCCCGCCCUGCGGCCCCGCCACCUCCGCCCCCUCCUGCUGGCCGAACACCUGGCCCGGCUGCUGCGCGCCCAGGGGGCCGGUGUCCGCCUGGUCCCUGCCCUGGCCGACGAGGGGAGCCGGGAGCUCCUGCGGCAGCUUCGCGUCGACUGGCCCUCCGGCUCUGCCGGCUCGGCCCUCCCCGAUGCCGUCUCGGCCUUGAAACGAGCGCUGGGCCGGUCGCCCUGUGCCGCUGGCCGUGAGCAGGGCGCGGGCACAGCUCCGCUGCCGGGUGCCAUCUGUGCUGUGCGCUUGAAGAGCUUCGUGGAGCAGCAGGGCCUGGUGGGCUACGACCCCAACCUGGAUGUCCUUCUCGUGACAGAGGGGAAGCUGCAGGCCUUGGCUGAGCUGCAGCAAGCCGUUCUGCAGUGCACGGCUGGAGGCCAGGGGAGCUGCUGCAGCAUCGUGCACGUGGUGAGCUGUGAGGAGGAAUUCCAGCAGCAGCAGCUGGAUCUGCUCUGGAGGAUUUUGGAUCCAGGAGCCCACACAGCUUUGCAGAAACACCUCGUCUGUGGUCCAGUGAAGGUGACAAACCCCUCAUCGCCCAUCGGAGCAGACCAGUACUUCCAGCUCCGAAGGCGCCAGAUGUACGAAGCCUCCGUGAUGAAGUACGGGGAGCUGGCACAAGAUGAGGCCUGGACUGAGGUGAUUGACACCCUCACAGCAGCUGCCAUCAGGUUUGAGAUGCUGAGUACUGCACACCGCAGUCAGAUCACCCUGGACCUGGAGAACAGCAGCAUUUCCACAAAGGGAACCAAGAGCGGUGCCUUUGUGAUGUACAACUGUGCCCGCCUGGCUACACUCUUCGACACCUACCAGCGGGCCGUGGAGCAGGGCACGUACCCAUCUCUGCCACCACCAUCAGAACUGGACUUCUCCUGCCUGCGGGAAGAGGGUGAAUGGCUCCUGCUCUUCAACUACCUCCUGCCCUUCCCUGAAGUCCUGCAGCAGGCAGCGCAGCUGCCCCCACCCAGCAAGGGGAUCCGGAUCACGGCCAACACAGAGACAGUGUGCAAGUUCCUGAUCCAGCUCAGCAUGGAUUUCAGCUCCUACUACAACCGGGUCCACAUCCUGGGGGAGCCGUUCCCUCACCUCUUUGACCAGAUGUUUGCCCGCCUGCAGCUGCUGGGAGCAGUGAGGGACAUGUUCCACAGCGCCCUGGCCACUCUGCACCUCGCUCCACUCAGCCAGAUCUGAACCUCUGCUGAAGAGCUGUGCCACGGUGUGACAGGCUCCAGGACAACGUGCCAUGAGGGGAAGGACAGGGUAUGUCCCCUGGCAGGGUGAGGGGCUGCCCCGCGGGCAGGCAGGGAGCCAGGGACCAUCUCAGCCCCACACAGGCACUUUCCCUCCCACUGCCCACAAGUUCUGGGGGUUUGGCUAUGUGCACCCCAUGGCCGUACCCAGCAGGAGCCGGGCUGGGGAGCACGGGGGAGGUGGCACUGGGGACCAGGACACCACAAAGCCAAACACCAACCUUGCAUCCCUUAAAGCCGUUUAUUGAUGGUGGCUCCGUGCUGGCAGGGAGCUCCUGAGGCUCGAGGCUCCCACUGGGGCCCAGACCAGGCUCCAGUACCAGAGCGUAAUACACGUGUUCCUGGACAAA